CAUUUUCAGUGAGCAAAAAACAGGUCUCACCAUCUAUCGUAUAGAUGCCAAAAAGUGUGAAGCUCUGACGAAAUCUAGGAAAAUUUGAAUAAUCUGGUAAAAUCUGACAAAAGAUCUGGUUAGUUAGAGUGUCUGGCUCAGCGAGAAAAAUCUGGCAUUUGCCAGAUAAAUCUGUUGGCAACCUGGCAACGCUGAUCUCAAUACAUAAAAAAGAAGAACAUAAUCAGUACUCAAGGAUAGUCAAAGAAGAGAUUUUUCGUUACACCCUUGGUAGAUUGAUUUAGCUGAAAACUUGUCAGCUUGAUAAUAUUGAUUGUUAUACUGCUACUGAAUUGAAUAAGCAAUUACCACGACUAAGAUGUCGACGGAAGUUUCUGUUCCACCGCCUGCCAUCUGGGCUCAACGAAAUGAUGUUCUUUACUUAACGUUAAACGUGGAGUGUCCUGAUCCUAUUUUUAAGUUCACAGAGGACUCUAUGUACUUCAAAGGUGUCGGCUUACCCGAGAAGAAAAACCACGAAGUGACGAUUAACUUUUAUAGUAAAAUCAAUCCCGAUAAAGUGAUCAGCAAAAACACUAGUCGAUGUAUCGAGUUUGUCAUCUCUAAAGCAGACACAAAGGCAUCUUACUGGCCAAAACUAACUAACGAUAAGAACAAACCUCACUGGCUCAAAGUGGAUUUCAACCGAUGGAAGGACGAAGGAUCCGACGAUGAAAAUAAUGAAGGUGACAACGUAAUGUCUUUAGAGGACAUGUUGCGAUCAACAGAUAAAAACAAACUUUCUUUCGAUGAUCUCGACGAUGAUCAAGAGGACUCGGACGACGAAGCGAUGCCUGGCUUGACCGAAGACAAGGACGAAAAAGAGGAAGAUAAAUAAAACCGAACUUCCCUUCGCUGUGUGGGCAAACUGCGCUCGAUACACUAUAGCUGCUUUUAGAGAACAGGCUCAAGUCAUUAGUGAACUAUAAUUUCAUUUUUAUUUGUAUCGUUUCUUGUAUCACCCUCUUUUCGUUCAGUGAUGAUUUGAACCACUUUCUGAAAACGGCCAAAAAUGGAAAUUGAGCCUGAAGACAACACAGUCAAAAACAACCAUUGGUGUGUAACUUUUAUUUAAGGCGUAAGAGGGUAAUAAUAUUAGGCUUCUAAGAGAAUUCGAGGAGCAAAAGCUGAACAUAGAGCUAUAGAUAUUAAUGAAUGAUGCAAGGAUUUUUGAGAGGAAAAAUCAUCAAAACAGUCUGACACAUUCGUAUAAAUAAAGCACUAUGAACAUUAGGGUUGGACAAAAUUUUGAUUUCAGCUUCAUCAAACUUUUCAUGUUCCUUUUGAGUUCCAUAAGAACUAUGGAAAAUUUUAGUUCGAUCGGUGAAACUAAUUUUUUCCAAAAAAAAAUCGAUGAGAGAUCAGCAUAAAUAGGUUUUUGGUGUUUUGGUCGAUAUUGUAGAUAAACUCAAAUCUAAUAAUUUUGCCAAAAGCAUAAACUCUCUAGUUUGGAAGAUAUGGACGAUGCUAUUUUAUGCAAAUAAAAAAAAAAAUCACAUGAAUUUUUUGUGUCUUUACAGUAACUAUUGAAACAUGGUUUGUCACUUCAAAAGAAUCUUCAUGCUACACUGAGUAAUUAUCAUAAAAACAUCAUCAAUCGUUAUAGCAUAAUAAAAAAAGUCUAAUCAUAUUACGAACACUAGCAGCAGUUAUGCUAGAUAUAUUAGGGCAUUAGCCAUUAUUCGGACCUUGUGUCGGUUUUCUGGUUUUGCGGUCUUCGAAGCUUUUCUGUAUUGUUAAAUUUCCGAAAAUAAUAUGGCACUGAUUUUUAGAAUUUGUAGGGUGAUCUCCAGUUGAUUUUUUUUGUAAAAAGUCAGUUUUUCCAUACUAAAUCACAUAGAAACUUUAAACCUUGGGCGCAAAAAUAUAAUUCUGCCGAUCGAGCAAAAAUUUUGCAGUUCUUAUGCGAUUCAAAAGGAACACGAAAAGUUUGGUGGAGCGAGAAAAUUAACCUUUUCAUAUUGUUCCCAUACAACCUUGUCCAACCCUAAUGAGCAUGAGUUCUGUUACGAA